UUCAAAUACUAUAAAAACAGUGCACUGGAGUUUCUUUGUUAUCCGUCAAAAUGACUAAGUUGCUCCUGAUCUUCCUUGUUCUGACUGCCUUCGUUUCUGCCUCAUAUUCCUAUGGUUCUUACGGAAACCCAGCUCCGCAGUACCCCCAAAACUCGGGAUAUGAAUACCAGAUGGAUUAUGAGACUUACGACUUGAAAGAUUAUCGCGGACCACGUGGAUACCGUGGACCACCAGGACCACCAGGGCUGCCAGGAGCUCCGGGACCAGACUUGGAGUGAUAUAAUUGACUAUUGCUUUUGCAAUUGAAAAUGAAAUAAAUGAAUCAUAAUUGGCAGUAGA